CAAGAUGGCGAUAGACGUACUUCCCUUUCCUUUCUGAGAGGAAUUCCACCAUGCCGCCCAAAAAGGAUACAAAGGGAUCUUCAAAGCAGCCACAAAAAAUACAGAAGAAAAAGGAAGGAGGAUCUGGUGGUAAAGCUAAGAAGAAGAAGUGGUCCAAGGGAAAAGUACGUGACAAAUUAAACAAUCAAGUACUGUUUGAUAAGGGCACGUAUGAAAAAUUGUUGAAGGAAGUGCCGCUAUAUAAAUUGAUCACACCGUCAAUUGUUAGUGAAAGGUUAAAGAUUCGUGGAUCACUUGCCAGGAGAGCAUUGAUCGAAUUGCAACAAAAAGGACUUAUUAAGCAAGUUGUACAGCAUCAUGCGCAACUAAUUUACACGCGUACUACUAAGGGUGACGAUCCUGCUGCGUAAUUCAUUUUUACGCACUGUAUCAUAAUGUUUAAUAAAAAAUAUCAAUAAAC